CGUAAAUGUGUAUAUAUAUUUAAAUUAAAGGCAAUCUAGAGAUUUGAACACAGCUGCUGCAACAAAUAGGUUCAAAAUUAUUUUAACUGGUUUCUUUUAAAACGUUUCCAAAGCAAAACUUUACAAAAAUACCAACAUGAAUUAUCUCAUACAGCGCGGCAAGGUGCGCCAGCAGGCCAUCAACGUGCCCGAGGGUCUGCCGGAGCUGCUCUCCGACAUAACACGCGAGGUCCUGCGCUGCCAGCCGACCAAGGAGUGUCUCUGCCAGUUCAUCAUUGACUAUUUGCACUCGGUGAUUGUCACGCGCGAAAAGGCCCUGGUGGCUAAAAGCAUAUUGGAUCGCGCUCUGCGCCAGGUGGACAGCAUUAUAUCCGAUUUGUGUGUGUGCGAUUUGUCCAAGGAGAAAUCGGAUGAGAUGGCCCAGGUGAUGGAGGAUUGUUUCCGCAAUUUCCUAGAGAAGCGUCGCUGUGAGAUGCGCCGCGGCAAGGAGACGAUUAAAUUUGCCGACAUUGACAUGCUCGAGGAGCUGAUCAGAAAAUGCCAUUUCUCCGAGACAGAGCUGGACGCCUCACGACCAGCCAUUGAGAGCGCCUACAAGCGAUUCGUGGAUGCGUACAUGGCCGCGGGCAAGGACUCCCAGGGCACCGAGAUACUCUAUCAAUACUUCCGCGAUCGCGAGCUAAAACGCAUCGAGGAGCUGAUGCGCAGCCAGGCGGCCAUCACCAUACAGGCCGCCUUUCGCGGGUAUCUGGUGCGUCGCAUGAUGGCGCAGCAUAUCUGUGUGUGCACCUGCAUGCUCGACGAGAAGGAUGACGAUGAGUACAUGCGCAUGGACAAAGCUGCACGCAUUUUGCAGCGCUUCUUCCGCUGGGUUCUAUCGCGCCAGCCCAUAAAGCCGAUCGAGGAUCCUUGUCAGGAAAACGAAACUCCUUCCUCCAAGGAUGCAGGCUCACCGAUUGCUACAGAAGCCACAGCUGCUGGGACAGCUCCCGCCACAGCCGCUGGCACAGCCGCUGGCACAGCCGGUGGCACAGCCGCUGGCACAGCCGCUGGCACAGCUGCUCCUACGGCAGCUCCUACAGCAGCUCCCUCCGAAGCUAAAUUGAAGCCCGCUGCAGAGGAGGCUCCAGCUGAGGAGGCUCCACCUGCACCUGCUGCCGAGGAAGUGCCCGCUGCCCAAGCUGCCCAAGAGCCUGAACCUGAACCGGAACCGGAAGUGCCCAGGGCCGAAGAACCUACAGCGGAACCAGCUGCAGCUGAAGCAGCACCACCAGCUGAGGAAACCGCCGCACCACCGCCAGCUGAAGAGGCGCCACCACCAGCACCAGCUGAAGAACCAGCUGCAGAGGAAGUACCACCAGCCGAAGGAGCUGAAUAGGAUUUUUUUUUUUUUUUUUUGAAUGUUUCCUUUUUUUAACCGCAUGAUUCUUUUUGCUUCCCUUGGCCUUUAAGGAUUUGUGAUCUUUAGCUUGUAAAUUAGUUCAACGUGUAAUUGUAUGUAUUUAAAAUGUCUUGAGGAUAGCCGUCGGAACAUCCAGAACGAUUAAAGAAGGUUGCACAGACGAA